AUGGACGACUUCUCUGACGAUGACUUCGAUGAGCUCAAUGUCACGGUUCUCCAAGAGCUGGAGAAUAAUGCCAUCCAGUUCACGCAGGCCCAACAUCUCGGCCCCACCCAAGCUGUGAACGAUGACGACUAUGGGCUCGAGGAUGAUGAUUUGGACGACACUGUUGUCAUAGAUGAGGCCGCCCAGCUGCCCGUCCGCCACUCGGUCGAGAGGCAAUCUCCCGCUCAAGCGCCCUCCCUUGUGCAGGAUCAUGGCCUGCAACCCACUCGCAGAAUACAACAACCACGAUGGCAGCAGCAUGCGACUGGGCCGGCGCUUUCUCAGUAUCAGUCUGCGAGACAACCUUCUUCAUCGUCCAGUCGAGCGGUCCCUUCUCGCCCAACGAUAUCACAUCACAUGGGACCUCCUCCACAACCUACCGCUAACCGUUUUGCUCCUCGACCAUCCGACUCACAGUACUUGCGCUCGCAUCCUCCACAACCACGUCCUACCUACCAGCAAAGCCAAGCCUCGCAACAACAUCCCGCGGCCUCCCAGCAGAACAGGGAUGCACAAUUUUCUGCACUCCAAGCUCGUGUAAGAGCUCUUGAGAAUGACCUGAAUUCGGCUCGUGGGGAAGCGUCUAUUGUCCGCUCCAAAUACGACAGGUCUGUCGCAGCCCACGAAGCCGAAGUGUCGAAACUCAAGAAGCAAAAUGCCGAGGCCUUGGCCAAACAAGAACGCCUAGUUGAGGCUGCGGUGCACGCGGAGAGGGCUGCUGCUACCGAGUUGCAGUUCACACGGCAGGAUCUGAGAGAAGAACUACAGAAGUCCAAGAAGAGCCGCAAGGAACCCGUGGAAACAACAUUAUCAACCCCCAGAAAGAAUAAGACGAACAGCUUCAAGAAUAUUGCAGAUGGUUUCGAUGAUGUGGAAGUGCUACCCAGCCCCUCCAAAGCCCAGGGAGGGUUGAAGGGCAAAGGAAAGAGUGUUGCACUUGCGCCCGGCGAGAGGACUCCGAGCAGGGCCAAGAGGAAACGACCUGCCAUUGACAGUCCAGUGACCGCACUGGAGGUGGAAGAUGAUGCUGUCAUGGUCGAUGCUGCUUCUGCUACACAGACCGAAGCAUCUGGCUCGGGCCUCCGCCCAAAUGCUCUUCCGUACGACUUGCUGCGACUUGUCCUAGAUCAUGGCGCUAUCCAUGGCCAGCCUUUAACUUUCGAUCUUCUUGCCCGAUACAGCUUCCCGUCGGAUCCUGAACAAUCUUUUGCUGGUAUCAUCUUUCAGAAGCUUCCUUCGCUCGGCGAUCCCCAUGACCCCGUGCGGUUGCUGAUCGAUUUCUGCGACAUGAUUAUAGAUCUGUGGGAUCAAUGUCUGCGGGAGAAAUACUACGAGCCGAUAUAUGAUCUGGUAGCGCUGAUCACUUUCAUCCUGCAACUAAACACCAUAUCAGUCGCACCUUAUAUUACUUCAACUUUGGUCCCUGUUGCACAGACCACAGUGUUCCUGCUAGCUGUUCCACGAUUUGAAAGUCAAGACGGUGAUUUGGCUUCACGCGCGGAUGAGAAUAUACAGCACCUGGUUCUGAACAUCGAUACUGAGGGUACAUUGCAACUCAUGUACCUCGCUGCUCUCGGCUGCACAGACUCUUACCUGCUAGACCCAGAACACCCUUUGGACUUGGGACCAGAGCGGGACUCUCCACAGAGAUUGUACUGGAAGCUCAUGCAGAUUGACUUUGUACUCGUAAUGCUUUCACCCAAGCAACCUCGCGACGACUUUCUCGGCAUGCUCAGCCUGCUGUGCACGUCUUGUCUUGCAGAGUCUAUUGGUCCGAUCACCAGCGAGCCGGACCGUGGCCCAGCUUUCGUGGCCCAGGCACUCAUAGAGCGCGUUUCCAAGAUCAUGCACGAGCCUCGGAGCUGGGCCGCCCCUGGCGAGUCGUCGGGCUCGUUUGGGCAUCGACAGUGCGUUGUGAGACUGGCGGCUUUGAGGACCCUCAUGGCCUUUGCUCAGUCAGGUCUAGGGGCAAAGCAGCUCGCGCUCAGCGAAGUAGCCAUACCUAGGCUGGUGAACGUUUUAUGCGGAGCGAUAGAUGCUCUGUAUGACAUGGACGUCCCAGUGGAAUUGAUUCAAAUUGGUUCUGGAGAAGACGAAGAUGAGAAAGACGGUCAAAAGGUGGAACGAGAAAAGCCACCCGCCGAGUCCGAGAACAUGGAAGGCGUGGACGCCGGCACCGCUGACCGAACCAUUGCUCUGGAUGAAGACGACGCUGAGAUAUCGCUGCCGUCGACGCCACAGUUGCCUUCAACAGCACCCCACGAUCCUAGCCCAACUUCUCUCCUCUAUACCAUUGCAUCGUCCGUGAUACUCCUACUCCACACACUUGUCACCGAUCCGGCCACUUCGGCACACACAGAUAUGCGUGCCAAGCUGUCGACUUCGCACGGCGCGCCGCAGAAGUAUCUGCUUACGCUCUCGCGGCUCAACUACGCCGAAGAAGAUUUGGUGCUGGAGGCAGGGAUUGACCAGGGCACACUCGAUCGGGCAAAUGAGCUAUUAGAUCUCGCAAUCACGCCAGACGAGGCAGAGGGGGUAAGACAGGUUUUCGGCGCUUAG